AUGUUUGCAAAAAAUGAAACUUGUUGGUUUACGGAAUCGGAUUUUGAGCCCUACCUUAUAUCAUUAUGUCCACCAUUUCCUUGUUCGUCACCCAUCUAUGAUUCUUCUCUUUGCUGUCCUAUUUGUCCGAAAAAAUCAGAAUCAUUAUCAAUAACUGAUAUAUCAAAUAUCAAUGAAGAUGUUUGCAUACUCGACAAUGGUAUGAUAAAACAUGCUGGAGAAUUAUGGAAAACCGAUGAUUGCCAAUCAUGCCUUUGUCCAAAUGAUGGCAGUGGACAAAUUAAAUGUUUUUCACAAAUCUGUAAUCAAUAUUUGCCAUGUUCUAAACCUAUACUUAAAAAAGGUCAAUGUUGUCCUUUUUGUCUUCCACCGACUGCUGCUGUCGCUGUUUGUAUUUUUAAUUUUGUUCAAUAUCGUUCGGGUGAACAUUGGAAUGUAAGUUAA